UGUGAACUGCUGGCUUGGUCCAACGUUUCACGAAUUUGUGUGUUCUUUCCGAAAAUCAGAGGCCAAAGGAGCAGAGUUGCACCGAAAAAUUGGGCUACUAUUCCAACAUGUUUGCCCGUAAAAAACCUACUGAGAAUCCGGAUCCUCUCCCCAGAGGACUCCGGGCUAAAAAGGUUCCAGGUGUUGAAGCUCCUGUGAAACCAGGCCUCUCUAAACUAAAGAGACCAACUGUUGGACAGACCAAGCGAUCUGCUUUUGGGGACAUCACGAAUGCUGCAAAGGAAAAGGUUGCAGAAGGCAAGAAAACUCAGGGUCUUGUCAAACCCACCUCCAAGAGCAGCCUUGCAGGACCAGUCAAAGCACCCAGGAAUGCUCUGAAGAAGCCUAUAGAGGUGAAAAAAAGAGCAACCGAGGCCAAAUCUUCUCAAGAGGUGAACAGUUCCACUUCAUCGGUUUCCAGUGCUUUAGCUUCUUCCCAAGAAUCCACUAAGAAUGAGACAUCCCAAGCUCUGAAAAACUUGGCAGCAGGAGUACCAGUGGACCGAGAAGAGGAGGACUUUUCCUUUAUAGAUGCGGAGGACUUGGAGGAUGAGCCUAUUGCUGAGGUUGAGGAAAAGUUCAUGCCAACUGUGGAUCUGGAGAAUUAUUCUGAUGUUUUCAACAUUGGCAUCUACGCUCAGGAUAUAUUUGACUACUACAAGUGCAGAGAGCAAUUGUUCCAGAUCCCGUCCUACCUGGAUGGAAAGAGCUGCAAGAUCACUCCGAUCAUGCGCGCCAUCCUGGUGGACUGGAUGGUUGAGAUCCAGGAGAACUUUGAGCUGAAUCACGAGACCCUGUACCUGGCAGUCAAGCUGAGCGACACCUAUCUGUCCCGUGAGCCCCAGGAGAAGGAGAUGCUGCAACUGGUGGGAGCUGCCUCUGUGUUCAUCGCCUCAAAAUUCGAUGAGCGAUGCCCACCACUCAUUGAAGACUUCACAUACAUCUGUGACAACUCCUUUGAUCGUGAUCAGUUCAUACUCAUGGAGAUGGAAAUUCUGCGUAAAGUUGACUUUGACCUUGGCAUUCCGAUAUCGUACAGAUUUCUGCGCAGAUAUGCAAAGGUUGCCCGCUCAUCCAUGGUCACUCUGACUCUGGCCCGCUUCAUCCUGGAGAUGUCGUUGAUGGAGUACAGUCUCAUCACAGAGCGAGACUCUCGCAUAGCUGCGGCCGCUUUGUACAUUGCCAUGAAAAUGUCCAAAGAAGGAGAAUGGGAGGGCGAGGUUGUGCAAUCAAGUGGCUACACUGUGGAGAAAAUCAAGGACAUGGUCCUGGCCCUCAACACAAUGCUGCAUGCACGACCUAUCCCUCAGUUGUCCACCAUCCGCAGUAAAUACUCGCACAUUGUCUUUCACGAGGUGGCCAAGAUCAAGCCAUUGCCGACGGCAUUGCUGUUGUGACCUUGAUGUGGGGACAACGAGUAAUGUGCACCAAAUAAAAUUUAAAGCUUAAGACAAUUUUUCCUUAUAUUUCAAAUUCUAAUAGUUUUGAAAAUUGGAAAUUGACAACUGCCGGAAAAACACAGGCAUAAUCAAUCAUGAAAAUUAACAUUAUUUUUGUUUGGUAAUUUUUUGUCACUUUAGAGAAGUUUUGAGAACAAAAACAAAAAAAGUUGUUUUUUGGAAUGAUGAAGACCAAAAAAAACCCCCCAAAAAACUUUCCAAAUUUUGAUGGAGAAAUUCGAAGAUUUAUAUUUUUGUUUGGUGACUGGCUGGGGUAUCCUGAUAUUCUGGUCAUACAGAAGUUUGAGUGAGCAAAUGUGUCUGCGUGGAGGAGCAAAAGUAUGGUAUUUUAUACAUGCGUCUGGCUGUGUGGUGUGUUCAGGUUCUCAUUUCAACUAUAAUUCCAUAUUCCCAACUGGGAAAUGAAUCAUCUUUCAUUACCAUCUGUGUAUACUGCAUGAUCUUAUUUGCUGUCUGAGGAAUCUUUAUGUACAUACAUGCUAUUUUAAUAAUAUAUUUUUAUGUGACCGGUAUUUUUUAGAAAUGAUCUGUGUUUUUCUAAUGAAAGUAGUAAUGAAUACUUUUAAACUCUGCUGUAUGUAGCUCACCAAUAUAAAAAUUUACUUUGCAACAAUCAAUCUUAAAGAAAAAUCUUUCUCAAAAGAUGCUUGAAAUUAUUUUUAGGGUCUUUAGAUGUAUUAUUAUUUAUGCCUCUAAAGCUUAAUAGAAACAUUGUCCUUUCUCAGAAAGGUCAAUUUUGAAAAAUGCUUUGGCAGUUUUCAAUUAGUGUUUUGUGACUCUUCCCCCCCCCCCCCCCCGUCCAUUCAGUAUUGGUGCUUGUUUAUAUAUAUGGCUCUAGAAAAAAAAAUAAUGUUGUACUGUAGAAAUAAACAGAAUGAGAAAUGGUAGGUUAAGAAGUUGCUUGAAGUCUCCAGGAUUGUUCAGCCUUUGCAAGGGCAAGCUCUUGUUUCCCUUGGGUUGGUGGUGUAGGGUGUGCUCGUUGAACGGCUACUACAGCGGUACCUCGUUCCGCAGGACUGAUCCAGCUCUCUCUUUACUUCUCUAGGUGUUGUGUUGUGGUCCACUUUGUCCAGGCUGUUCCCCACUGCUGUAGAUUGUUGUAGAAGUUUGAUAACGUGUGACUAGUGACUUAGUGCAGUGCGGCCAGGUACGGCAGUGUCCAUCUUAAUGCCUAUAGUUUUUUGUCUUUCAGGUUAAUGAGGAAUAGGUUGGAUCAAAUCAGACAUUUUUGGGGUGAAUUUUGAAAAUGAGUUUAGGCUUAUGUACCAAGAACUGUUCCGUUUGUGCUAAAAAAUAUUAAAUUCAAUAUUAGUUUUUUCCUUGUUGCACUUACAAAGCUUAUCGUAUUCAAAUUCAUCUUGCGUAAAAAGUUAUAACUUUGUGCGUGAGUAGUCACAAAUUUUUACCCAGAGCGGUUUUUAAUGUGUCGUUUGUUUGGCUUUUGCCUCAUUUUAAAUCCGAUAGCUGCAACUACAGCAGUGGACAGUUUUGACUCUCUAGGGAUAUGAUACUCCUCAAGGUUGAGAGUAAGAAGCUCAAUGGCUUUGCCUGCAGCAACCUCUUUUGUGAAUGGUUCAAAGACCGAGGUCCCUAGUGUGUAUGUGUAUAUAUCCGGUGUUGGAAGUCUUGUAACAUCCAUUCUUUUCUCAGAAAGAAAUGUAUUCAUAUAUGUGACCAUUGCAUGUUAGUUGUAAGGUUAGUUAGUAUGAAGUGACUGAAAAAAGGACAAAAGCAUUAGGUAAGUUUGAUGACUGACUUUGUAUUUUAAAAAACUUAUUUAUAACUAUGUAUUCAAUACACAUUUUGAUUUUGCCCAUAUUGAUGGAAAUACUGAAAUUUGAUUUUUGAUGAUUUUACUGAGAAUAAAGUUUUUGCUUCCAACUUAA